AUGCCGUCCACGUCGCCGACACGCUAUGGCGCCCUCGCGAGUGUCUUCAAGGAGGAGUUCAGUACACACGUGAUCCACGAUCUGCAUUUGGAUCAGACGGCGCUCCCCGUGUCGCCCCGGCCGUGCUCCCCGCGCUUGAGCCGCCGCUUCCGUGCCAAGUCGGAGACGGAGCUCGUCGCGGACGAACUUUCGCUUCGCGACAGCGUCAGCAGCGAUACGACCACAGGGCGAUGGACCAAGGACGAGCAAGAUGCGUUUGUCCAAGGACUCAACCAGUACGGCAAAGACUGGAAGAAGGUCGCUGGCUUGAUACCGACGCGAACGCUCAUGCAGAUUCGCACGCAUGCACAAAAGUUCUUUAAGAAGCUCGAGAAAGAUCAGCAAUCGAGUGCCAUGAGCAACGCCGACUUUGACGAUUUGAUUUUGAAAGAGUCUCGCUGGAACGUCGUCGGUGACGCACUGCUCGUCGAUUUUGACGCCGUCACGCCCAAGAAACCCAUCGUUGGCGAGCGACGGCACCGAUCGGGCAGCGUCCCAAGCCCCGACGCCAACGGACGCCGCGACUCGGACCCACGCCACGGUCUUGUCAAGGGCAAAGUGAGUAAACUGUCCAUUGAGACGGGGCCACCAGCGCCGCACAAGCGGUCGGGGCGCUGGACCAAAGAAGAGGAAGAGUACGCCAACCAUCUCAUUCGCGAGUUUGACCAUGGCGUGCUGCCGCUACCGGACGGGAUCUUGCUUCGCGUCUUCCUCGCCAAGACGCUGCAAUGCGACCCGAUGCGGAUUUCCAAAAAGUUUGCCGGCGUCUUGCCCAAGUCCAAGCAAACGUACCUUCGUGAUACCGCCGCGCUCCACAACAUGUCGGACGCCGACCGCAUGCAAAGGCGACGCGACCUCGCGGUGCUCGAGCGCCGCUUCUUGGUGGCGACCGGUCAAGUGACGCCGCCAUUGGCCUCCACCGUAGAAGAGGAAAGCGAGGACGACGACGAGGAAGACGACAGCGUUCUCGAUGACGCAGCACUCGACUAUCUCAUGGCACAGCACAUGACACCACCCGCGGACGAGGCGAGCGUCGUGCCCCUCGUGUGCUCGCCGCCAGCGCUCGGGAACCGGCGAAAUAGCAUUGAAAACUGCGAGCGCCGCCUGCAAAUCGACAUCGAAGACCUUGCAACGAUCAAGAUGACCGAGAUGCGCACGAUUGAGACCACGUCCGUGCCGCUCUACUCGCCGAUCCGGCACGGCUAUUACAUGCUGUCGCCCAUGCACCGGUCGCUCUCGCAGGCUAUCACAAGUCCCCACGCGAUGCUAUACCCGCUCGACAGCGAUCUCUGGUCCAUCUUGCAAAACGACGAGGAUACCUUGUAA